AUGGAGGCGUGGGAACGCUGCAAUGAUGUAGUGGUGUCCUGGAUUCACAACUCAGUAAGCAGCUCUGUGAGAACUAGCUUAGUCUACAUUGAUGAUGCUUAUGCUAUUUGGAAUGAGCUACAAGAUAGGCUAUCACAGCAAAAUGGACCGCACAUUUUUCAGUUGAAGAAAUCUUUGGCAAGUCAGUCACAAGGAGAUGACUCAAUAAGCAUCUACUUUGUAAAAAUCAAGACCAUUUGGGAUGAACUAAUUCUUUAUGACCCUAUGCUUGAAUGUAGUUGUGGUCAAUUGAAAAUUCCGAGGGACAGGUACCAAAGGGACUGUGUCAUCCAGUUCCUUAUGGGCCUAAGUGACUGCUACUCUAAUGUUAGGGGCCAGAUCAUAUUGACUGAACCUAUGCCUACAUUGAACAGGGUUUUCUCCAUGGUUCAAUAG